AUGGAAUUCAAUGAAAGCACCGAAGCUGAGUUUCAAGAUGAAAACAGAUGGAUUGGCUUUGAUAGCACUGAUAAUUCCAAUUAUGGAUAUGGCUCAGACUAUUACUUCAAUUCGUAUGCUCAUUUUGGGAUCCAUGAAGAAAUGAUCAAGGACACAGUCAGGACUGACACAUAUAGAAAAGCUAUAGUCAGAAAUCCUUACUUAUUCCAAGACAAAAUUGUCCUUGAUAUCGGCUGCGGGACAGGAAUCCUUAGCGUUUUUGCAGUCAGGGCAGGUGCUAAACAUGUUUACGCCGUUGAUUGCUCAGAUAUCAUCGACUAUGCCCAAAAAAUCAUAAAAAACAACGGGCUGCAAGACAAAAUCACCUUAAUCAAAGGAAAAAUUGAAGAAAUCCAGCUUCCAGUCUACAAGGUAGAUAUCAUUAUUUCUGAAUGAAUGGGAUAUUUCCUCCUAUACGAAAGCAUGCUUAACUCUAUCAUUUUCGCUCGAGACAAGUGACUUAUAAACGGAGGUUUACUAUUCCCAGACAGAGCCAGAAUUAUUAUAGCUGCUAUAGAAGACGAAAAAUUCAAGCAAAAUAAGUUUGACUUCUGAAGAGAUGUAUAUGGAAUUAAUAUGAUAGCUAUGAGAUCACGCGCUAUCAGGGAGCCUUUUGUAGACCUUGUAGAAGAAUCGAAAAUUAUUAGUACACAAGCACCUAUUUUGGAUAUUGACUUGCAUACAGCCACUUUUCUUAUAUUAUUUAUAACGCUUUACGUCCACUCGGGGUAGCCUUGUCCCAGAGUUGCCACCAUAUUUAUCCACGUGUCGGGCCCAUGGACCUCUGGAUCGACCUACUUCGAUUCACCAAGGCACGAGUAAGUACUUCGACGGGGAAUUGCAUACAGUCACUAUUGAAAAUUUAUCGUUUUGUUCAUCUUAUAGUCUACAUAUACCAAAAAGCCAGAUUUUAAGUGGGAUUGUGGGGUGGUUUGAGGUUGGGUUUUUCCACUCGCAUAAGCCGAUUACUUUGAACACGUCUCCGAGGUUUAAAGACACUCAUUGAAAACAGACUAUUUUUUAUUUAAAUGAGGGGCAGCAGGUGGAAGCUGGACAAGUUUUGCAUGGGUCAUUUGCAGUGAGGCAAAACCCAGCCCAUAACAGAGAAUUAGAUAUAAAAGUAUCGUUUAUUUUGGAAGGGAGCCACAGAUUGAGGACUUGGCAGUUUUACCGAUUAACUUAA